GCGACCUACUUUCAAUACAUUUCUUGAUCGAUAUAGCCGUACUUUUAUCGUACAUGUGUAAACAUCUCGCGUGAUUUUACUGCACAACCACGGGUGACAAUACGGAUAUUUUAAAUGUGUUUCACGAUUUCAAUAUGAAGUGAUAUGUUAAUAUAUACAUCUUAAGGCCUCCCAAAUUACAGAACUGACUUUACCACCAAUAUACCAUCAGUAUUGUGACCAAAGCAAUCGAACAUGGAGUUAGCAGGUCGACUACAUUUAGAUGAUGAAGUACCCGGACGGUACAAAGACUCGGAUGAAGUAUUUUCAUUAUUCUGCCAUCCCUGUAACGAUGAAGGGGAUAAACACAAAGCAGAAGGUUUUUGUUGCCAGUGCCACCAAUUCUUAUGCAAAACAUGCAUCAAAUUUCACAGACGAAACAAAAUGACCAAAGAACAUGAAAUUCUUGACGAGCACAACAUGCCUUCAUCGAAGGAAAUGCUCGUUGAAACUGACACUGAGUGUAAUAAAUUUUGCAAUGAUCACCCAACAGAACGUAUUAAAUAUUACUGCGCAGUGCACAAUGAAUUUGGAUGCGGCGAUUGCAUGAUACCAAGACAUUGUAGCUGCAAACCGAGGAAUAUAGGGAAAAUUUCAAAUGACUUUCUCAAAGGGCAAGAAUAUAAAGACUUACAACAAGAAAUAAAAAAUAUUAACUUGCAUUGUUCGGACAUGGGUAAGCGCUUGACGAAAAGUAUUCAGAUUGCUGAAGAAGACAUUGAAGAGGCCAUGAAGUGUGUUGAAAAGUUAAAAGCUGAACUAGUUUCACACCUUGAGGCAGAAAAACAAAGGUUGAAAUCUGAAUUUGAGUCGUUAAAAUCAGAGUAUAGAUCAGCAGUAGAAGAAACAUCAAAACAGGUACAUGACGUGAAUAUACUUUCAUUAGAUAUGAUGGAUAAAUUAGAUUCUGAUAAACAUAGCCCAUAUCAGAUUUUCAUGGCUUCAAAGCAAAUGAAAGGAGAAAUUUCAAAAACAAAAUUGAUUAAAGACAACAUUGCCGUAGUGGUGAAACAAUAUCAAAUAGGAAUUGCAUUUCAUCCUAAUUGCAUUUUUGAUGACUUCACAUCCAGCAAGCAGUCUCUCGGAAACGUUGUACAAUCCAAAAAAGUUGUAAAUCCAAAAAAGGCGUUGCAUUGGGUGAAUGCAACUUAGAAAGAUCUAACUGCAUAGACAUUCUUGCUUCCAUAUACUCAAGAUCAUGCCGAGUCACAGGAUGCGUAAAGAUCUCGGAUGACAAAGUGUUGAUAGUUGACGCAUAUAACAAUGAUGUGAAACUUGUAGAUAUUUUGCAACAACGAAUUGUUUGCAACGUAUGUUUAAAUCAUCAGCUUUGGGAUAUCGCUGCAUUGCCUGAUAAAGAAGCCGCUGUUACGACACGGACUUCUAAAACAAUAGAAAUAGUGUCCUAUAAGCAGGAUACUCUUAAAUACGUCCGUAGCAUACCUGUAAAAGGUAUUUCCUUUGGCAUUGACUAUCGGAACAGACAAUUGAUUGUUACUUAUGUUGAGCCUACAGAUAUAGAAAUCAUGGACAUGGCCGGGAAUGUUUUACGUCACAUGCUGGAUAAAGACAUUCGAGCCAUUGCCGCAAAAAGACCCCUAUAUGUUGCUUUCAGUAAAAUAUUUGAUGGUAUAAUUCUUCCUGACUUAAAUGGGAAUACAGUCACAGCUUUAGACCUCGAAUUUAAGCCAAUGUGGACAUAUUCAGACAUCGAUUUAAAAGGGCCGCGAAGUCUUAUGAUUGCACCAGAUGGAAAUAUCCUGGUUUGUUGUUACAACAGUAAUAAUAUUCAUAUCAUUUCUAACAAAGGCGAGAAAAUUAAAGUUAUAUUAAGGAAAGAGGAUGGAAUUAACAAUCCGUAUGCAGCUGCUGUAAUUGGACGUACUCUGCUGGUGACAGAGAAUGGAAACGAGUUAAAGUUAUACAAGAUCACAAAUUAAGAAAAAUAAUGAAACCGUGUUAUGUAUUCAGGUCCUGAGACAGGUCCACAGAUAGCAUCAUACGCUUGUGUUAUCGAUGCCAUUGUGCAUGUUUCAUACACCUACCGUAGAAAUGGAAACGAUCGUGUUUUUGAGAAAAUAAUGAAGUUAUUGGAACUUUCAUGUCAAACAUGUUCAUUGAAAGUCAUUAUCGAUGUAUAUGAAUUUCCUAUAAUGAUAUCAUGUUUUUAACAGAAACCCUUUGUUUUAUCUUAUUGUUUUAUUGCCAAAACCAUAGUACUUGUACAGUAGUAGGGAUUCCAAGAAAUUACUUUCGAAAUAUACUGUUUUAUAUGACUUGAACUGUAUGAUUUAGUUUGAACGCAAAUAUAAACACUAAUACAUACAAUAUGUUGUAAUUUCUUUAUUCAAAAUAAACACUACAUAUAUCAUAAAAUCCUCUGUGUGGGAUAUUGUACUUCUGUACAA